AUAAGAUAAGCCAAACACUCCACACUUUCAUCCAUCUUUACUCUCUCUUUCCCCUAAUUCCGACCAUGGAAGCCACGGCCUCCGCAAUGAGCUUCGCCCUUCCCUCAACAAAAGCCCAAGCCCAAGCCCAACUCCUGACCCGGCCCACCAAUCCAUUCACCAUUCCCUCCCGCAGCCCAGCCCACCGCCCCCCGCCGCGCCUCCCCACCAUCCGCGCCGCAAUUCCCCGCACAAAGAAAGAGGCAACGGUGGAGACUGUGCGGGAGCAGCUCGAGAACUGUUACCUCCUCGCCGGCAUCAACUACAAGGGCUUCACGGUGAAGCAGUUCCAGGAGCUUCGAAAGACGCUCCCAGAAACAACGAAACUGAUCGUGGCGAAGAACACGCUCGUUUACAAGGCCGUGGAAGGCACGCCCUGGGAGACGCUGAAGCCCUGCAUGAAGGGCAUGAACGUGUGGCUCUUCGUCCACACCGAGGAGAUCCCUUCCGCCAUCAAGCCCUACAGGAACUUCCAGAAGGAGAAGAAGCUCGAGGACAACGACUUCACCGGCGCCGUUUUCGAAGGCAAGUUUUACGGCCCCGAUGAGGUUAAGAACCUCGAAUCCUUGCCCACGCGCGCUGAGAUUUACGCCACCCUUUUGGGGGCUUUGAAGAGCCCUGCUUCCGCUCUUGUUGGCACUCUUCAGUCUCCUGCUAGGGAACUUGUUACGGUUCUCAAGGCGCAUAUUAAGAACCUUGAAGAACAACAAGGUGUUGCGCAAUAGAUACCAAUAGGUGUGUAGCCUUGUUUAUGUGUUUUCUUUAUUGCAUUUCAGUUGUUCUUUGUUUCCUUAUUUGUCUAUGGAUGUGUAGAUUAUUAUUAUUAUCAUGUGUUUUCUUGUGAAGAAAAAAAAAUGUAGAAUGGUGCCUAGGAAUUGGGAAUGCUGGAAAAUCUGUUCCCUUUGAAUCAUGCUAUUUCACUAUUUAUUGGUUAUUAUGCGCACACACUAUGGUGAUUGGAGUGCUGGGAAUCAUUCUGGACAUUGAAGUUCAUUUU